CGGAGGCCAAGGCGGCAGCUGCCGGGCAAGAGAGUCGGAAGCAGCCAGAGCGGGAUUUCAGCAAGACCCAAAUGCGGCUGGUGCAUCUUGACCUCAAGGGGGCAGCCCCCAAAGUGCCCUACCUGGAGCAGGUCUUCCCGCUCUUCUCCAAACUGGGUGCCAAUGGGAUCCUCAUUGAAUAUGAAGACAUGUUUCCGUUCAAGGGGGAGCUGGAAUCGCUGAAGUCUCCAUAUGCCUAUAGCGAAGAAGACGUUGAGAGAAUCCAGAAUCUGGCCGAGCUCAACAACCUGGAGGUGAUCCCGCUGGUGCAAACCUUUGGGCAUGUGGAGUUCAUCCUGAAGCAUGACAAGUAUCGGCACUUGCGGGAGGUGGAGCGAUUCCCCAACAGCUUCAACCCCCACGUCCCGGAGACGCUGGCCGUCCUGAAGGCCGUGCUCACCCAGGUGCUGAGCAAGCACCAGCGCUCCCACUGGGUGCACAUCGGGGCCGACGAGGUCUUCCACUUAGGGGAAGGGAUGGAUUCCAAGAACUGGCUGAGCCACAAUGCCGGCGACGUGGGCAAGAUGUACUUGAACCACAUCCGGGAAGUGGUGAACUUCAUCGCCAGCCAGGACUGGGGGUUCCAGGUGCUCCUGUGGGACGACAUGCUCCGCAAGGUCAGCGUGGCGGCUGUCCAAGAGUCCGGUAUCACCAAGCACGCUUCUCCCAUGUUGUGGUUUUAUGCUCCAAACUUUGAUACGCAACAAUUAGGGAAAUACAUCUCCAAAUACGCAGAGUGCGGCUUCAAGACCGUCUGGUUUGCCAGCGCCUUCAAGGGCACCACUGGCCCCGCCCAGGCCUGGACCCCCCUGAACCACCACCUGCAAAAUCACGUGCAGUGGCUGAGCAUCAUGCGAUCCCUGGCCAAGUCCCCCUCCCCGAGACUGCAGGGCAUCGCGCUGACCGGUUGGCAAAGGUAUGACCACUAUUCGGCCCUGUGUGAACUGCUUCCUGUCGGUAUCCCAUCCCUGGCUGUGUGUCUGCAGACCUUGGUGAAUGGUGGAUUUAACGAAGCAACCAAAAAGAAGGUCUUGGAUAUUCUGGGCUUCCAGAGCAUGCAGCUGGAGAAGAGCACAUGUGUCGGCAGCGGGGCCUUUCCUGGGUUGGAUAUCUACCGGAUGGUCGAGCAGGUCCACAGCCAGCUGAAAGACUCCAUCCUCAAAGUCCUGGAAGAGGAUAGUUCCAUUAAGGGGUGGUUCAGCCAAUAUCACCGCAAACACCAGUUCGGCAACCCACGCAACAUGGAGAGCUUCGGCAGCAAAGUGCUCAAGGCCCACGAUGACUGGGAGAGCUUCAUCCAAACCCUGCGUUCGCACAUGGAGGCCGUCUACUUCUCAGACACAGUCGAGGAGUGGAUGGAGGAGAAUGUCAACCCACACGUGGACCGGCUGCGAGAGUUCGUGCGGGACUUCAAGGAAAUCAUCCGCCUCAACGCUCGGCCCAAGACCCUCUAG